AUGUAUUUCGACGGGUCACUCAUGAAGACAGGGGCUGGGGCAGGCCUGCUAUUCAUCUCGCAUCUUGGUGUCCACAUGAGGUACGUCAUCCGAAUACACUUUGCCGCGUCAAAUAAUGUUGCAGAAUACGAGGCCCUCGUCAACGAGCUAAGGAUUGCCAUCGAGCUAGGGGUCCGACGCCUCAACAUUCGAGGUGACUCUCAGCUAGUCAUUGACCAGGCCAUGAAAGCCUCGAGUUGCCAUAAUCCAAAAAUGGAGGCUUACUCCAAGGAAGUACACAAGCUUCAGGACAAGUUCCAUGGCCUCGAGCUCGUUCACGUCGCAUGGCGAUACAAUGAAGCGGCUGAUGAGCUUGCCAAAAUCGCCUCUACUCGAGGCACAGUCCCACCGGAUGCAUUCUCAAGAGACCUUCUCGAGCCAUCUGUCGACCUAGGCACAGGGGCUGGCAUCAAAACAUCCACUCCUGAGCCCACCGACGCAAUCGAGGCCCUGCUAACGGCAGCAGAGAAGAUCGAGCUGAGGCCCGUCGUAUCGCUCAACGGGCUAAAUCAUAUGUAA